GUGGGUUUGAGGGGGAUAUGGCCUGAUUUGUAUGGAGGGGGAGGCGAUCAGAUAUGGUGUAGUUAUUUGGUUAUGGGCAAUAAUGUCUAUGUUGUUGUUAAGCGAGGGUCUUGGCGAUGUUCUUACUUCUAUUUCACUGUUCAUAUGUUCAUAUCAUCAAAUUAGUGUUGUUGUUGUUGUUGUGAGUGAGUGAGUGAGUACUUAGU